CCCCCGCAGACCAUCCUGGGCGAGACCCGCGAGGAGGAGGAGGAGGACGAGAUCCUGCCGCGCAAGGACUACGAGAGCUUGGAUUACGACCGCUGCAUCAAUGACCCGUACCUGGAGGUGCUGGAAAGCCUGGACAACAAGAGAAGCCGGAGGUAUGAAGCGGUCAAAUGGGUGGUGGUCUUUGCCAUCGGCGUCUGCACGGGCCUGGUGGGACUAUUUGUGGAUUUCUCGGUCCGACUCUUCUCCCAGCUCAAGUUCCGGGUGGUACAAAGCUCGGUGGAGGAGUGCAGUGAGAAGGGCUGCCUUGCCCUGUCCCUGCUUGAGCUGCUGGGUUUCAACCUGACCUUCGUCUUCCUGGCCAGCCUGCUUGUCUUGAUCCAGCCUGUGGCCGCUGGCUCUGGCAUCCCUGAAAUCAAAUGCUACCUGAAUGGGGUGAAGGUGCCUGGGGUAGUCCGUCUCCGGACGCUAGUGUGCAAAGCUCUGGGUGUGCUCUUCAGUGUGGCUGGAGGUCUCUUUGUGGGGAAGGAGGGUCCCAUGAUCCACAGUGGGGCUGUGGUGGGUGCUGGCUUGCCACAGUUCCAGAGUAUCUCUUUGAGGAAGAUCCAGUUUAAUUUCCCCUAUUUCCGCAGUGACAGGGACAAAAGGGACUUUGUGUCUGCUGGAGCUGCUGCAGGCGUGGCGGCUGCCUUUGGGGCCCCAAUUGGGGGCACACUCUUCAGCCUGGAGGAGGGAUCCUCCUUCUGGAACCAAGGGCUCACGUGGAAAGUGCUCUUUUGCUCCAUGGCUGCCACCUUCACCUUGAAUUUCUUCCGCUCCGGGAUUCAGUUUGGGAGUUGGGGGUCUUUCCAGCUCCCAGGGUUGCUCAACUUUGGCGAGUUCAAGUGCUCAGAAUCUGAUAAGAAAUGCCACCUCUGGACGGCUGUGGACUUGGGCUUCUUCAUCUUGAUGGGCAUCGUCGGGGGCCUUCUCGGAGCCACCUUCAACUGCUUGAACAAGAGGCUAGCCAAGUACCGCAUGCGCAACGUGCACCCCAAGCCAAAGUUGGUCAGGGUCCUGGAGAGCCUGCUGGUGUCACUCACCACCACCGUUGUGGUGUUUGUCGCCUCCAUGGUGCUCGGGGAGUGCCGACAGAUGUCCUCCACCAACCAUAGUGGCAAUGGCUCCCUGAGCCUGCAGGACUCCUCUGAGGACUUGAACGCAAGCAUCAAGACCUUCUUCUGCCCCAACGAGACCUACAACGACAUGGCGACACUGUUCUUCAACCCCCAGGAGUCGGCCAUCCUGCAGCUCUUCCACCAGGACGGUACUUUCAGCCCAGUCACACUCUCCUUGUUCUUCCUUCUCUAUUUCUUCCUCUCCUGCUGGACGUAUGGGGUCUCCGUGCCCAGCGGCCUGUUUGUUCCAUCACUGCUUUGCGGGGCUGCCUUCGGACGGCUGGUCGCCAACCUCCUGAAAAGCUACAUUGGCUUAGACCACAUCUACUCGGGGACCUUCGCGUUGAUCGGGGCGGCCGCCUUUCUUGGGGGUGUGGUCCGCAUGACGAUUAGCCUCACCGUUAUCCUGAUAGAGUCCACCAAUGAGAUCUCAUAUGGGCUUCCGAUAAUGAUUACACUGAUGGUGGCCAAAUGGACAGGGGAUUUCUUCAACAAGGGCAUCUAUGACAUCCACGUGACCCUGCGAGGGGUGCCGCUGCUGGAGUGGGAGACUGAGGUGGAAACAGACAAGCUGCGAGCCAGUGACAUCAUGGAGCCAAACCUGACCUACGUCUACCCCCACACCCGCAUCCAGUCCCUGGUCAGCAUUCUGCGCACGACUGUCCAUCAUGCCUUCCCAGUGGUGACUGAGAACCGGGGCAAUGAGAGGGAGUUCAUGAAAGGGAACCAGCUCAUCAGUAACAACAUUAAAUUCAAGAAAUCUAGUAUCCUCACCCGGGCAGGGGAGCAACGCAAGCGAAGCCAGUCCAUGAAGUCCUACCCAUCCAGUGAGCUGCGCAAUAUGUGUGACGAGCACAUCACCACGGAGGAGCCACCUGAGAAGGAGGACCUGCUGCAGCAAAUGCUGGAGAGAAGAUAUACCCCCUACCCCAACCUGUACCCGGACCAGUCCCCCAGUGAGGAGUGGACCAUGGAGGAGCGCUUCCGACCUCUCACCUUUCAUGGCCUCAUCUUGCGCUCACAGCUGGUCACACUGCUUGUCCGUGGAGUGUGUUACUCUGAGAGUCAGUCGAGUGCCAACCAGCCCCGCCUGUCCUAUGGAGAGAUGGCUGAGGACUAUCCCCGCUAUCCAGAUAUUCAUGACCUGGACCUCACGCUGCUCAACCCACGCAUGAUAGUGGAUGUCACCCCGUAUAUGAACCCAUCUCCUUUCACAGUCUCCCCAAACACUCAUGUCUCACAAGUCUUCAAUCUGUUCAGGACCAUGGGGCUCAGACACUUACCUGUUGUGAAUGCUGUGGGAGAGAUCGUGGGAAUCAUCACUCGACACAACCUGACGCACGAGUUUCUGCAGGCGCGGCUCAGGCAGCACUACCAGACCCUCUGACCCUGCCCCAACCCAGCCUGGUGCCACCCCCUCCAUCACACACCCACAUUCCACUUGGACCCCAGAUGGCCGACUUGCUGAGCGGCUCCUCGCGCACGGAGGCUGGGGACUGAAGACCACCUGGCUGGCCAGAGGAUCAAGGAAACACCUGCGCCUGAAGCUUUUGGCUGGCCUAGAGAGGCAUUUCAUUGACCACUCUGAGUCCCAAAACAUCGCUCCUUCCCUGCCCCUGCCAAGUCUGGCAUCAGGUGUUGCCCUGGCACUGCUCUGCCGACAGGGUAAAAACCAUGCUCCCCUACCUCCUUGUUCAUUCCGUCUCCCUCCUUGCUCCUGCAGCAGUUGCCUUACUCACAUGAGAAGGGGCCAUUGCCAUGGCUGAGAUCAGACACUGCAAUUUGCUAACAAAGAGCCCACACCUAGGUGAAUGGCUAUUCCCAGAAUGGGGCAUUCAACCCCUCACCUCUUUGGGGGAUUGCUCCCUCCCCCUGGGAGACCCCAGUUUUUCUCUGGUGUUAUGUCUGUUCGUGUCACUUCUUCAAGCUCCUUCCUUCCCUUCCAGUGCUGGGAUCCCUGCUGCCCCGCUGCUCUCAGCAGUCAGCUGCUGGUGCAAGUCAGGAAUCCACAGUAGCUUGUAGCCAUGCCUCUUCUGGAUGAGGAAUGCUUCACAGUGACAUGAGAAAGUGAUCCCAGCCCCUCACCCCCUUAGCUGUGGCCAAGGAUUCCCCUUGGAAGAGGGCUUUUAUAGGGUAUUCUUGUUUUCUCCUGUAACGCAGCGGAAUGCCUCAUAGGAGUGUUAUACAGGCAUCGUGGCCUGCUGUCUCGGUCCAGGCCUGGGGAUCCCAGGGUGUUUUCAUUGCUAGAGCUAUGGAGAGGGAGGAAGGGCUACUUCCUCACUCCCCAGAGGAAUGUGUUGCUCCUCCUGCUUAAAUUCACAGGCUUCUCCCAGCUGCUGCCCCCAUCCACUGGCUCAGUCCACAUCAUCCCUGCUGUGGGCAGCAGAGGUGUGAUGUUGACAGGGCAGCAGGGGCACUCAAGGCUUGUGAUUGCUGGGCUCGAGAGCAGCAGUGGUAGGGGCUGUCCACAGCUCCCAGUGCACCAGGAUCUUGGCGGCAGCAGAAUCGCCUGGAGGGCCAAGGCAGCACUUCGGAGCCAGUCGCAGCCAGUCUGGUGCCUCAACAGGUACCAUCCUGGCCAGCACCUGUAUUGUUCCAGCAGGCUCCUGCCCUUGUGGGUUUGCAUUCAGAUAACCCUCUGUGGGAAGCUGGCCUCGUUGCCUCCAGGGGCCCAGGCUCUGAUGGGCUUGAUAAAGCACAGAGCUUUUUUGUGUUGCUCCCUUGGAGAGGCUGGGCUGAGGAGCCUGGGGAAUGCUUCUGAGGAAGGCUUCCCUGCAGUCCUGUUAACCUGUUGGGUGCCAAGAGGACUUUGCUGGCAGUGUGGCUGCGGCAGGAAGUGUCUGGGUUUCUGGCUUGUUGGGAGCUAUCUGGAGGGCAGAAGUCACCAUUUCUGUGUCCUCUGUGCAGGGGUUGCUUGGAGUUGUGAUCUGGGGAGCAUCUGGCCUCUUCAGACUGAAUCUGGUGGGGCCUGUGGUGCUCUGGUUUGCUUGCAAUGAGGUGGCAGGAGUGCCCCACUCUGGACAGCUCUUGGGACAGCCUCUGCCUUGGGGUGUGGGAGGGGAUACUCCAGGUGACCAAGCUGGUUUCAGAGCAGAUCUAAUCUGUGUAGGGUGGCAGUGUGAAUAGACCCAAGCUGUAGGAUCUGGGUGCAGUUGAUCUUUGCAGGUAGAAGAGUUGUUGCAGGAGGAAGGCACAGUGCAGGCCAAGGCUGGGUUAUUGGCUCCUUGCUGCCAUUGGCAAGUCCCUGGAGGGUCUGCCGCAGCGUCUCCCGUGAGAGCUUGUCAACCUUCUCCAGACCUCUCCCUUUCUGUUCCCUCACUGGAGGCUGAUAGCAGAUCCCUCUGGCUGAGCCCUGCUUCAGUGCUCAGAACAGGCAAAGGCUGUGCCAUCCAGAGUAUGAUGAGAUAAGCCUGAUGCCAGUCAUGGCACCCUUGCCCUCAGCCUCCAGCUCCUCUGGUUGUCUGGACGCUGUUGGAACCAUGCCUUCUGGCUUGGGGAUGCCCUCUGGGGUGGGAGUUUAAACCCAUUUCCACCACCUUCCAACUGCCUUUCUGUGCCACCACUACUCUGAGCAGUCCUGCUCACUUGUAGGAGCCUUCUCUGCUUAGUUCAGGUGAGGUGUGAGCCCCACAGCGUGAAGCAAAGGGAUCUUAGUGCUAGCCCCUCUAUCUUGUGCCUUCACUCAGACUGCAUCGCUGGGUGGGAGUAGUAUUGCUGUGCUCCUCAGGGCCAUCUUCAUUCCCAAAGGCAGCUGUCUUAGCUGCCUAUGCCAUGUUAGUCUAAAUAGCUACCCAGGGAACAGAUUUGAGCAUGUGCUCCUGCCUUGUGGGAGGAUUUCUGUGACCCCCCCCCC